AUGUCAAAUCUCCGCGGCCUUUCUCAUGCACCCCAGCACGGCGGGACCAACACUCGCAACGAAAAGCAACAUGAACGACCAUACAGAUCACAUGUCCGUCCAGCAUGUCUUGCGUGUCGGCGGCGCAAAUCAAGGUGUAAGGCCGAGGUUGAUGCUGGGACUUGCUUGAUGUGCCGUGUACACGGCACUGAAUGCACCUUCCCUGCUGAGAAAAGACGCAAAUCGCGAAGGACGCCCCGCCAUGAAAUCUCUCAAUCAAACAUCAGCAUCACGAAAAAGCCAAUAGCUCAUACGCCGCCGGUUCCGAUCCCCUCGGGCACCGCCGAACAACCGCAAGCUUUUGCUGGGCCACCUCGAAUCUUCGAACCUGAUACACCCGCACAGCCCAUAUAUUCAGACUGGACUCCAAGCAAUGCUGUGGUCGACACUCCUCUGUCACUAGAGGCCGAAAAGGACAACCCGCAUAUCUUGGGACCGACAGUGAUGAAUGAUAGCCAUGUUCUCGCAGACUACCUGUCCAGCGUACCUGGCGGCCCAGGCAUGCGAACGAUCCGUCCAGUGGAACCCGGAAGCUCAUCAUCGCCGAUCAUCUUCACGAAGGUGCAGAAACGACCGGUCGGCAUGGUCUUGAACUCGAAUCCAGCCUUGGAGAAGCUGCAAGUGAUAGAGAAGCUCGUUGAGCCUUGGGCACUCAACCUCGUCAACAUUUAUUUCGAAAAGGUCAAUUCAUGCUUUCCAAUCUUGGACAGGUCUACAUUUCAACAGAGGUACACGCAAGCCAAAGGCUGUAUCUCACCAGCACUCCUGGCCUGUCUCUACGCGCACACGCUAGCCUUCUGGCGCUACGAUCCGCAGCUAUCUCACACCCGCUGUCCCGACACAAGAUACAUAUGGAAUAUGGCCAGCGAUACGAUAUACUCCGAGCUGCACAUUUCUCCUGGAAUCUCUACCAUUACCGCCAUACUUCUCAACAUUGGUGGUCGGCCGACAACUUCGAUGGUGGGAAACGGCAUUCAGCUGGGGUCAGCAGUAUCGCUCUGCCAUUCUUUGGGAUUGAAUCGAAAUCCGAUGUCGUGGGAUAUCCCCCAAACCGAAAAGUAUUUACGCAUCAAGAUCUGGUGGUGCGUUGUGAUUCAUGACCGCUGGCUGAGUCUUGCUUAUGGCACUCCUCCCCACAUCCGAAGAUCGCAGUACGAUGUUCCCGUUCCAACACCUGAAUAUCUACAAGAUACUGAAGGAGGCUCGGCUACUCCUGAAUUAUUCAUUGCGCUCGUCACCCUCACCGAGGUACUCGAUAGUUGCCUAGAGCAUGUCUACAGCAUCAGCAUGGAAGGUCCUGCCGUGAACCUUGAGCUGCAAUUAAAUAAAUGGUUCGAGGAAUUAACAGGAGAUCUCCGAAAGCUCAUUCUACGCGGCGCACGACUACAAAUUCAUGGGGCCUCAAACUUACGCCUAUCCUAUCUCUCAGUGAGACUCCUUCUGCAACGGAUUAGUCUCGAUCGUGUGAGGCAGAAACACGAAGUUAGCCCGGAAGAUUUAGCAAAUCGCACAAUAGACGCCCGAAGAACAGCCGAAGAAAUUGUGGACCUAGUUCGGGAACUCCAAGAAUUCGAAUUGGGAGACUUUUGGCUUCCGGUUGCCGCUUUUACAUUUUCCUCGACUGUUACGUUCUUGAUUCGCUGUGCCAUAGAGACAGAGCGAGGUCCAGUGGGGUUCUCGGAAAGUUCUUCUCUUCGAAUGGCGAGUGAAUUCUUGUCUGCGCUCCGAUCGCAUCAGCAAAACUACGAGUGGGAUCUUGCUAAUAUCUGCCUCGCCCAGCACGCCGAGGUAGUUGAAAAUUUGCUAGCAACAAAUACAGCAGAGGGCGGUUCAACUGAUGAAAAUAUUGAUAUUGACGGCUCAUUUACGCUGGACACAACUUUCAUGGACACAAUACUCCCGAGCAUCUGGGAUACAUUUCAGAAUAUAUAG